ACCAUAUCUGGCUCAUAAGCUUUCAAGUUUCGACACCUCACACCCUACACAACUACUCUCAUAAAAUAGUCUUAGCUGCCGUUGACUCUUCUAUACAAUCUCCGAUCACCGGAAAAUCAACAUAAAAAAAUGACGGAAAAGAGUAAGAUUCUGAUCAUCGGAGGAACCGGUUACAUCGGAAAAUUCAUUGUGGAAGCCAGCGCGAACGCGGGUCAUCCCACGUUCGUCCUCGUCCGGGAAUCCACACUCUCCGAUCCUUCCAAAUCUUCACUUAUCGACUCCUUUAAGAACUCCGGCGUUACUAUCAUCCCUGGCGAUUUGUAUGAUCACGAGAGGCUCAUCAAUGCCAUAAAGCAGGUUGAUGUAGUGAUCUCGGCCGUAGGAUUAGCUCAAACGCAAAUUGUCGAUCAAGUCAGAAUCGUUGCUGCUAUCAAAGAAGCUGGUAAUAUCAAGAAAUUUUAUCCAUCCGAGUUUGGAAACGAUGCGGAUCGUUCACACGCCGUGGGACCGGCCAAAACGGUUUGGGCAACCAAGGCUCAGAUUCGCCGAGCCAUUGAGGCUGAAAAAAUCCCUUAUACAUAUGUAAAUUCCCACUGUUUUGCGGGUUAUUUGCUUCCAACAUUGGCUCAGUCUGGGGUCACCGCUCCCCCAAGGGACAAAGUCGUUAGCUUAGGAGAUGGAAAUGCGAAAGCUGUUUUCAAUGAAGAACAUGACAUUGCAACCUACACCAUUAAAACCGUUGAUGACCCAAGAACCGUCAAUAAAAGUGUCUACAUAAAUCCUCCGGGUAACAUAUACUCAUUCAACGAACUUGUGUCGUUGUGGGAGAAAAAGAUUGGCAAAACAUUGGAGAAGGUUUAUCUAUCUGAAGAUCAAGUAUUGAAAAACAUAGAGGAAUCUCCUUUUCCACACAACUUGACGCUGUCAAUCUUGCACACGGUCUUUGUAAAGGGUGAUCAAAUAAACAUUGAGAUUGAACCAUCAUUCGGGUUUGAGGCUUCAGAGUUAUAUCCUGAUGUUAAAUAUACUACGGUUGAUGAGUAUUUGAGUCGUUUUGUUUGAAAGUUAAAAAUGUGUUGGCACAGUGAACAUAAUGAGCCCAUUGAUGAUGGGCCUCUAGUUACAAUAAUAAUAGUAAUGUUUGUAUUUGUUGUU